CUGUUAGGAAACAAUGUAUGCUAGUUAGACGGGUUACAUCUUAACGCUACCAUGAUUUUCGAAAUCAAGUGGAUGAUUGGUACUGUGAUAGUGUUGCUGAUGAACUUCCAGAACACUGAUGGCGCUACAAAAGUAAUAUUCUCAGGUUGUUCGAAAAAUGGAUUCAGUUGCAUAACGAAGCCGAACAAGAAUAUUGCAUUAACCUACACAUGCCCAAAUGGAAUGAACGACGUUUCUAUUUAUAUCAACGAUUUUGCAUCCCCUAUAAAUACGGAGAGUUUAAAAAUCGAAAACUGCAACAUACUCACUAUAUCCACAUCAUGCACUGCAGCGAGAAAAUCAAUGCAUACGCUCCACAUCGUCAAUAUAAAAAAACUUAUUUUCGUCAAAGUGACACAAGAUCCGAUGUUGCCGGCCACUGUCCUUGUGGAGAACGUUUCUUAUAUUGACUCGAUUCCAGAAAAGACAUUCCAGCAAAUCAACAAAGCCACCUACCCUCGUGGCUGCUUCCAGCAAACAAAUGACUUCCAAAACAUCUCCUUCAAGAAUGUUACCAUUAAUACUGUGGAACCUUCGGCAUUCAUUGCUACUAAUAACUUCAAAAACUUCAGCUUUAGCAACGUGAAAAUCAACCAUAUUCGAGCAGAUGCAAUUAAGCUGAAACUCGAUUUAAGUGGAACGUGUGAGGUACGCAACAGCACUAUCAAACUAAUGGAAUAUUUGGCUAUGGUGACAACCGCAAAAACCAUCAUAUUCACCGGAAACUACUUUGCCGAAAUACUUCCCAAUGGAAUAGGUGGUACAUUCGAAAACUUCUACUUUAUCAAGAACGUGGUGGAAACUCUACAGGCCCAUGCUUUGUCCCUGCUAGGAACCAACAUAUUUAUCCUGGACAACAAGUUCUCGCACCUCAGGGGAAACGCUUUGGAGAAACUCAGCCCUGGACUGCUGCAAUAUUCCGGGCACAGCUUCGGAAAGCUGAAGUUCAUUUACGAUUUCAGCAAAAAUGAGCUGAACUUUGUGGAUGCUGCCGCCCUUCAUCCAGACUAUGUUUCGUACGAAAACGUCCAAACCGACAUGAUGUUCAGCAGAAACAAGUUUCUAUGCACCUGUGAGAAUUUAGCGUGGAUGUUUUCUCCGUUGAGCCACGGACCGGACGGUGUCCAGCUGGAGGACUUCUACAAAAUGAUUCUAGAUGAGAGCUACGCGAACACCUGCAGCACACCAGCAGGAAAAUCGUGUAAAGUCCCAUUGAAAAGCGUCACGCACCUGAUCAAGUGCGGGAAAUGCUUGAAAAAUGUUACCUUAGAGAGUAUAUGUGAUGGCAUUGAUGGCUUUGAGGAGAAAAAUCAAAGUGAAACUACUACUGAUUCAUUUGACGUUAGUUCAGAGGCAAUUUUGCCAGGAGAAAUGCAAACUCACCAAAAUAAAUCUUUGGAUUCAAGUGCCGGUGUUGGCAAGCGCUUUAUUACUUAUGUGAACGUUUUUGGAUUAAUUGCAAUUUGGUACGCUUUACAGUAAGACCGUUAACAAAUGUCCGUAUAAAAUAAAUAAAUAAAUGUUUUCUA